CAUGUACACUCCAGUCCAGUUGGUGGCAGUAUUGCACCUUUUGGUUGCCAACCGCCAUUUUUUUAAACAUAAGAGUUCACCAUUACUUCCUGCAACCAACAACAGCGUGUAGUUUUCGUUGGAGCUCAUACAAAAUCAAAAUGAGUUUACCGCUGAAUCCCAAACCGUUUCUGAAUGGUCUUACUGGUAAGCCCGUGAUGGUGAAGCUGAAGUGGGGUAUGGAAUACAAGGGAUACCUGGUGUCCGUGGACAGCUACAUGAACAUGCAGUUGGCCAACACUGAAGAGUAUGUAGAUGGAGCGUUGGCUGGACACCUAGGAGAGGUGCUUGUCAGAUGCAACAAUGUCUUGUUCAUAAGAGGAGUAGAAGAGGAGGAAGAGGAUGGGGAAAUGAAAGAUGCUUGAAAGCUGAAUGCUUCAGCAGGCUUCUUCUACUUUCUUUAGUUUAUAUUUUUUUUCAUCCGGCUGCAAAUCUUGUUCACUGGAUUAGUCCUCGUUUUUUUUUAAUGAAAAACAUCUUGUUGUGAAAACAGUUAUGUAUUUUUUUAUAUGAUGAUGAUGAACCAAGCUGUUGUGCCCCUCAUGGCACAAGGAUAAUAAAAUUGUGCAUAUUGCACUUUUCAGGAACAUCUUAUUAUGGUAUUUUGUGGGGAGGCAAGAAUAUUAAACAAUUGAGCUAUUUUAUAAUCAAAGUAUACAGGACAUUUAAUUAUAGAUCUAACUGAAAUAACAGACAAUGGCACCUUUGAGUAGCACAUUUUUGUAAAUCCUUCUUUGGCUUAAGCUAGCUAAAAUAUAGACCUAACAUAAAAGCUAAUUUAUAAUCAGUAAAUGUCUUCAGACGCCAACCUUAUGGCAAUUCGAUCUGAACUGAAAUUAUGAUCAUGAUCAUUCAGAUUGUAUGUCACUGUUUCUCAUUUUUUACACAGGUUGGCACAGGCUGGCUUUCCUUAGCCUGGUGGGCUGUUUGGGAAACAAACAAUUAAAACUAUACUUCAGGCACCACUAUACCACUAAAUACUCUCGCAGGUAUUCAAAUACUAAUGUCUGUUCGGAUAUUCAAAUUACCAUGUCCAUCCUUAUGUCAGCCCUGUACUCUCCAAAGGAGAAGAUCCUGAACUUAUGCUCCAGCUCAGAGGUCUUUUCCUCCUCCCUCUGAAUGGUGUUUUUCAUGAUGUCUAUCUGCUGCACCAGUAUGCGGGUCUCACUCUUCCUGUAUGUUACACAAGUAGAUGGACACAGUGUUAGCAGUUAGGCUGGGUGCCAGUCUGCUUUCAUAUGCCUACUCCAAAUGUAGUAAGUUGUAUUAUGUAUUCAAAAUAAACUAUCACAUUUAAAUAAG